GCUCACAGCAUCAACGAUCCCAUUCAUUUUCUUAAAAGAAUUAAAAAUCGAAUAAUGGAUCUACAUAUCGAUUGCUUUGACAGAGAGAGGAAGAUAUGAAUCUGCUAAUUGGUUUUGCUUGAGCUUCACAUGUCAAGUUGAAAAUGCAAGUAUAUUUUAGAUCUUAGAAUUUAUUAUUUGCUAUCGUUUUUAAGAUUCUUAAAUGCAUUUAGUGGAUUUUAGUGGAAGAUAGAAACUUGAAGGUGUAAAGAGAAAGAAAAGGAGGGGAAAGAUGCUGGGUCGGUCUACUUUGUCAAGAACAGGAAGUUUCAGGCCAGAAAAUCUUGGCCAAAAUGCACUGGCCAUGAUUGGUAAUCUCUGUUUUACAAUAUUUGUUUUAGGAGUUCUAAUUUUCACAAUUAUUGCUGCCACAUAUGAACCUGAGGACCCACUUUUUCAUCCAUCAACAAAAAUUAAUACAUUUCUCAUAUCAACCUCAAAUGCAACAUUCAAAUCUGAUAACACUUUGAUAAGAACUGGAGAAGAUUUCAUAGCCCGUAACCAGACUGAAUUUGGCAGUUCUAUUGACAUUACUGAUGUAGAAACCCCAAAUGAUGGUGGUGCUGGUAGUGAUGGUAAUCCUGAAUCCGCUGCAGAAAAUUGUGUUGGUCCUAUAGAUUGUAAGGACCCAGAAGUGUUUCAUUUGAUGAUGAGAAAGGCUAUAGAGCAUUUUAAGGAUAUACAUUUUUAUCGGUUUGGGAAACCAGUCCCUGCCAAUGAUAGUAGUUGUGACAUGGCGUGGCGGUUUAGGCCUAAGGAAGGGAAAAUUGCUUCAUUUUAUAAGGAUUAUAGGCGGUUUGUGAUAGCUAGGUCGGAGAACUGUACACUUAGUGUUGUGGGGAUUGGGGAUUACCAUACCGGUGUAAAUGCAAGGAAGAGGAAGAAGCAUCAGAAACCUGGGUUUGAAAAGAAGCCAGCUAGUAUUGUAGAAGGGGGAGCAUUGCCUGUUGUUGGGGAAACUGUGAAUGAUUCGCUUCCUAUGGUUGAGUCUGAAAACUCAUUUAGCCAUGGCAAGUAUUUGGUUUACAGUGGUGGUGGUGAUAGAUGCAAGAGUAUGAAUCAUUAUUUGUGGAGUUUCUUGUGUGCAUUAGGUGAAGCGCAGUAUCUAAAUCGAACAUUGGUUAUGGAUUUGACUAUCUGUUUGAAUUCAAUGUAUACUUCUUCAAAUCAGGAUGAGGAAGGGAAGGAUUUCAGGUUUUAUUUUGAUUUUGAGCAUUUGAAGGAUGCAGCAUCAGUGUUGGAUCAAGCUCAAUUUUGGGAUGAUUGGGGUAAAUGGCAUAAACAAGAUAAGUUGAGUCUUCACCUUGUAGAGGAUUUCAGGAUCACGCCUAUGAAGCUUGCAGAGGUACAAGAUACUCUGAUUAUGAGGAAGUUUGGAUCUGUUGAACCAGAUAAUUACUGGUAUAGAGUGUGUGAAGGAGAGACAGAGUCCAUUGUUCAACGGCCAUGGCAUUUAAUAUGGAAAUCGAGUAGGUUGAUGGAUAUUGUUUCUGCAAUUGCCACGAGAUUGAAUUGGGAUUACGAUGCAGUUCACAUCGAGAGAGGGGAGAAAGCAAAGAACAAGGAGCUCUGGCCUAAUCUCGCACAAGAUACUUCACCUGAUGCAUUGCUCGCGACCUUAGCUGACAAGAUUGAAGAUGGAAGGAGCCUCUACAUCGCAACAAAUGAACCCGACACAUCCUUCUUUGACCCUUUGAAGGACAAGUACACAACCCAUUUUCUUGAUGAGUACAAGGACCUUUGGGAUGAGAACAGCGAGUGGUACUCGGAGACAACCAAACUUAACAAAGAUGUUCCAGUUGAAUUUGAUGGUUAUAUGAGGGUGUCCGUCGAUACAGAAGUGUUCUUGAGAGGGAAAAAGCAGAUUGAAACUUUCAAUGAUCUUACUAACGAUUGCAAAGAUGGCAUUAAUACUUGCAAUACUGCUGCUAGUUAAUUCUUAUAUAAGAGGUUGGAAUCUUCUCUUUUUGCAGUACUGAAUAUAAGAACAUGUACUUGUAGCCAUUGUCUUUAUUGCUUCUGAGGAACUGUUAGCAUUAUUUAUUAGUUUUGGUAGCUUGAGCAUGAAUUUUGUACUUGUAGAACAUUAUAUAUCGUCAGUGUUUCAUUACUUGUAUUCUUGCUUCAUUGCAUUACAUGUGUAAGCAAUCAUGUGGUACCUUAUCAAAGAUAAAAUUUACUUCUCAAGUUCUUUUUUCC